GACAGAGAAGAGUUUUGAAACAAAGGAUUUUCGAGCCUCUCUAGAAAAUGGUGUACUGUUGUGUGACUUGGUUAAUAAGCUUAAACCUGGUGUCAUUAAGAAGAUCAAUAGGCUGUCCACACCAAUAGCAGGUUUGGAUAAUAUAAACGUUUUUUUGAAAGCUUGUGAACAGAUUGGAUUGAAAGAAGCCCAGCUUUUCCACCCUGGGGAUCUACAGGAUUUAUCAAACCGCGUCACUGUCAAGCAAGAAGAGACCAGUAGGAGAGUGAAAAAUGUUUUGAUAACAUUGUACUGGCUGGGAAGAAAAGCACAGAGUAACCCCUACUAUAAUGGUCCCUAUCUUAAUCUGAAAGCAUUUGAGAAUCUUUUAGGACAAACUUUGACCAAGGCACUUGAAGACUGCAGUGGCCUGAAAAAAAGUGGCAGGGACAGCGGCUACGGCGAUAGCUGGUGUGCAGAGCGAGGGGAGUUUCCCGGCCCUGCGGGGAGCCACAGGAGAGAAGAUUCUUUUGAGAGCUUAGACUCUUUGGGGUCUAGGUCAUUCACGAGCUGCUCCUCUGAUAUCACAUUGAGAGGGGGACGUGAAGGUGGCGAGAGUGACACCGAUUCUGAAUUUACCUUCAAAAUGCAGGAUUACAAUAAGGAUGACAUGUCCUAUCGAAGGAUUUCGGCAAUUGAGCCCAAGUCAGCCUUACCCUUCAAUCGCUUCUUGCCCAACAAAAGUAGACAGCCAUCCUAUGUGCCAGCGCCCUUGAGGAAGAAAAAGCCAGACAAAAAUGAAGAUAACCGGAGAAGCUGGGCAAGCCCAGCCUAUGCGGGAGCAGAUGGAGCAUUCCCAAGUCACGAGAGGAGAACUUGGGGCACGAGCGUGGAGAACUGGUCGGCAGUACAAGUAACCUCCCACUCCUCUCGCUAUUUGGAAGAGGAAGGAAGGACACGCAUGCGCAGCAUCGCCAGGGAUGAUCUUUAUGUGCGAAAGCUAAGUCCCAACCUGCCGACCCCAGGGAAUACUUUUGAUCAGUUUCUUCCCAAAUGUUGGAUCCCCGAAGAUGUGAACUGGAAAAGAAUCAAAAGGGAAACUUAUAAACCAUGGUAUAAAGAAUUUCAGGGAUUCAGUCAGUUUUUAUUACUUCAGGCCCUCCAAACAUACUCGGAUGACGUCUUGUCUUCUGAAACACAUGCCAAACUUGAUCCCACUGCGGGCCCCAGGCUCAUAACCCGCAGAAGGAAUCCCUCUUCCGAACUAGGGUACAGAAGAGAUGACCUUGAGCUGGCAGCCUUGGACCCGGACUUAGAGAACGAUGAUUUCUUUGUCAGAAAGAUGGGGGCUUUCCACGCCAACCCCUGUGUCCUGCGGGCUUUUGAAGACUUCAGAAGAUUUUCUGGGCAUGAGGAUCCUAUAGAGCGAGAUAUCAUUUUGCAGUGUAGAGAAGGGGAACUUGUCCUUCCCGAUUUAGAACGAGAUGACAUGAUCAUCCGCCGGAUCCCUGCGCAGAAGAAGGAGGUGCCUCUGUCGGGGGCACCAGAUCGAUACCAACCAGUUCCCUUCCCUGAACCCUGGACACUUCCUCCAGAAAUUCAAGCAAAGUUUCUUUGUAUGCUGGAGAGGACCAGCCCGUCCAAAGAAAAGAGUAAUAGUUGUCGCGUGCUGGUUCCUUCCUACCGGCAGAAGAAAGACGACAUGUUGACGCGUAAGAUCCAGUCUUGGAAGCUGGGGACAGCUGUUCCUCCCAUCAGCUUCACCCCUGGGCCCUGCAGUGAGGCCGACUUGAGGAAAUGGGAGGCCAUCCGGGAGGCGAGCAGGCUUAGGCACAGGAAGCGGCUGAUGGUUGAGAGACUCUUUCAAAAGAUUUAUGGUGAAAACGGGAGUAAGUCCUUGAGUGAUGUCAGCGCAGAGGAUGUUCAGCACCUGCGUCAGCUGCAUUACGACGAAAUGCAGAAAAUAAAAUCACAGUUGAAAGAACAAGAUCAGAAAUGGCAAGAUGACCUUGCCAAAUGGAAAAGUCGUCGCAAGAGCUACACCUCCGAACUGCAGAAGAAAAAAGAAGAGCGGGAAGAAAUCGAAAAGCUGGCUCUUGAGACAUCGGAAAGGAGCUCUAAGACCUUAAAGGAAAUGCAACAGGACAGGGAGUCUCGAAAUCAAACAUCUACAAUGACAUCGAGGAGGAGAGUUUACUCUUCUGAUGAUGUGUUAAGUGAAGAAGUGUUUCCCCCUUCAUUGACCACAUCAGAAGCAAGUGAUCAGAGUAGCAGAGUGGAAGAGAAAGGGACAACAUCUCCUGAGGAAGCCCCUAAACAAGAUCCUACAACUUUUGCAAAAACAGAGGACAGUAUCACAGUUGAAAUUCAGCUUCCUUCCAAGAGCUCCAUGAAAGAAAAGCAAGAACAACAGCCCGUCUCUUUGUCUUCUCAGCAGCCUGUCUCUUUGUCUUCUCAGCCAUCCGUCUCUCUGUCUUCUCAGCCGCCCGUCUCUUUGUCUUCUCAGCCGCCCGUCUCUCUGUCUUCUCAGCACACCUCGAGCACACAAAUGGAGUCGACUCGAGUUUCAGCUUCUUUCUCCAGAAGUUACCAGAGAACUGAUACCGCCAGGUUAACAUCUGUGGUCACAGCGAGACCUUUUGGCACACAUUCAAGAGGAAUCACAUCACUCCCGAGAUCCUACACGCUGGAUGAUUCCUGGAAGUAUAACGGAGAUGUAGACAGCAGUAAGAGGACUCAGACCAGUUCUGGCAGUGCUUUGAUUCGGACCCCGGACCCAGUCCCUCUUACUACCAGCUUGUCCAGUGUGCAGGAGACCACAGUAGAGAACGUCACACGAGGCCCCUCUCCUGCCUCUUCCUUGGCGUCUCUCUCCCAGGACCAGCCUGCCACUUCGAAAGCCACAUUGUCUUCCAUGUCUGGUCUGGAUUCCAUGUCUGAGUCUGGUGAAGGGCAAGGCUCACCCCAGAGGGAGGUUUCAAAGUCACAGGAUCAGUUCAGUGAUAUGAGAAUCAGCAUAAACCAGACGCCUGGGAACGCUCUUGACUUUGGCUUUACAGUAAGAUGGGAUUUUUCCGGCAUCUUCGUAGCAUCAGUGGAACCAGGUAGUCCAGCAGAACUUUUUCAGCUACAGGUAGAUGAUGAGAUUAUUGCUAUUAACAACACCAAGUUUUCAUAUAAGGACAAGAAAGAGUGGGAGGAAACCAUGGCUAAUGCUCAAGAAACUGGAAACCUAGUGAUGGAUAUCAGGCGCUAUGGAAAGUCUGGUUCACCUGAAACAAAGUGGAUUGAUGCAACUUCUGGAAUCUACAGCUCAGACAAAUCUUCAAGUCUAUCAAUUACGACUGAAUUCUCAGAAAGCCUGCGGGGCUCUAAUAUUCAGUCUAAAGAAGUCAAUGGAAUUUGUGAGGAAAGCCAUAGUUCUGAAACUAAAGCAUCUGAACCUAUUUCUUUGAAAAACCUAAAAAGACGAUCACAAUUUUUUGAACAAGCAGGAAGUACUGAUUCUGUGGUUCCGGAUCUCCCGGUUCCAACCAUCAGUGCCCCGAGUCGCUGGGCCUGGGAUCAAGAGGAGGAGCGAAAGCGACAGGAGAGAUGGCAGAAGGAGCAGGAGAGGCUGCUGCAGGAGAAAUAUCAGCGUGAGCAGGAGAAACUGAGGGAAGAGUGGCAAAAGGCCAAGCAAGAGGCCGAGCAAGAGAACUCCAAGUACUUGAAUGAGGAACUGAUGGUCCUGAACUCGAGCAGCAUCUCUCUGAUGGCACGGGAGUCCGCCCUGGCUGCCUGGGAAGCCAGCUGGGGCGAAGGGUCCAAAUCUUCGGACAGGGAAGGAACCCGAGCUGGAGAAGAGGAGAGCAGCCCCCAGCCCGAGGGGAGCCUGAGCGAGACCCUCCAGGAGAAGCUGCAGGAACAGCUCAGUCUGGAGAAGGAGACAAAGCGGAAGGACGAAGAGCAGCGCCGGGAGGAGCAGGAGCUGAGGCAGCGUCGGUUUGAGGAGGAGCUGGAGCAGCGCCAGUACCAGGAGGAGCUGGAGCAGAAGCAGCGCCAGUACCAGGAGGAGCUGGAGCGGAAGCAGCGCCAGUACCAGGAGGAGCUGGAGCAGAAGCAGCGCGAGUACCAGGAGAAGCUGGAGCGGAAGCAGCUUCAGUACCAGGAAGAGCUGGAGCAGCGCGAGUACCAGGAGAAGCUGGAGCAGAAGCAGCGUCAGUACCAGGAGGAGCUGGAGCAGAAGCAGCGGCAGUACCAGGAGGAGCUGGAGCAGAAGCAGCGUGAGUACCAGGAGGAGCUGGAGCGGAAAAAGCGUCAGUACCAGGAGGAGCGGAAGCAGCGUGAGUACCAGGAGGAGCUGGAGCAGCGUCAGUACCAGGAGGAGCAGAAGCAGCGCGAGUACCAGGAGGAGCUGGAGCGGAAGCAGCGUCAGUACCAGGAGGAGCUGAAGCAGCGUCAGCACCAGGAGGAGCUGGAGCGGAAGCAGCGUCAGUACCAGGAGGAGCUGAAGCAGCGUCAGCACCAGGAGGAGCUGGAGCGGAAGCAGCGUCAGUACCAGGAGGAGCUGAAGCAGCGUCAGCACCAGGAGGAGCUGGAGCGGAAGCAGCGUCAGUACCAGGAGGAGCUGAAGCAGCGUCAGCACCAGGAGGAGCUGGAGCGGAAGCAGCGUCAGGCGGAGGCUCAGAAGCAGCGCGCAGAGGAGCAGAAGCGCCAGGCGGAGCGAGAAAGGGAAACCUCCAUCAAAAUAUACCAAUAUCGAAGGCCUGCUGAUUCCUAUGAUGUACCAAAGAGAGAGAUCGAACCUUCAGGUUUGCUUCCUAGUGACAGGAAUAAAUCUAGAUCCACUACAGAGUUGGAUGGUUAUCCUACAAAUAAAAAUGGAAGCAAUAAAUUUUUAGACCGAGCUGGGAACACCGGCUCCUUGCAGAGAACAUACAAGAAGGAGCAGAUCCUCUCAGGAGCAGAGUUGGAGAGACAACAAAUCAUUCAGGAAAUGAGGAAGAGAACCUCCCUCCACAACGACAACAGCUGGAUCCGCCAGCGCAGUUCCAGUGUAAAUAAAGAGCCUAUUUGUCUGCCUGGGAUUAUGAGAAGAGGUGAAUCUCUAGAUAACCUGGAUUCCCCGAGAUCCCACUCCUUGAGACAGUCCCCUUGGUUCAACCAGUCAGGGGGCGUCCAAGCUGCUUCCUCAGUUCAAGACUUCAGCUGGCCGCAGCCUCAUCUGGUGUCCACGUCGAACCGAGCCUACAUGCGGACACCCUCCUCCAGCGUGCCCCCUCCCUCUGUGGGCUCGGCGAGGACCCCCAGCGCUCCGUCCCCCACCCCACGCAGCCAGUCCCCUUCGGGGACCCAGCCAGGCUCCCAGCUGCGCAGCAGGUCAGUGAGUGGGAAGCGUGUGUGCUCGUACUGUAAUAGCAUUCUGGGCAAAGGAGCGGCCAUGAUCAUCGAGUCCCUGGGGCUUUGUUAUCAUUUACAUUGUUUCAAGUGCGUGUCCUGUGAGUGCGACCUCGGAGGCUCUGCCUCGGGAGCCGAAGUCCGAAUCCGAAACAACGAGCUGUACUGCAACAACUGCUAUCUCAGAUUCAAAACUGGCCGGCCAACCGCCAUGUGAUGUAAGCACCCCUACGAAAGCACUGUUGCAGAUAGAAGAAGAGGUGGUUGCUGCUGAUAGAGAUCUAUAAAUAUAUGUUGUAUGUCUUUUUGGCUUUCUUUUUUUUUUUUAAGAAUUAACCUCUUUCUAUUUUAUUUUUUUGGCAUCUUUAGAUUACACCAGAGCAUUAGAGUGUUGGUAAAAAUCUGUGUUUUUGUUGUUUAUUUAUAAGAAAGUAAUUAUGUGGGGGGGAAGGUGCAGUAUUUACUUUUCAGCUUCAUCAUAAAAGCACAAGAAGAAAAGGAGUUUCAAACACCUGUGGCUAAUGAGUUUGACUUUUUUCUAGUGGUAUUUUGAUGAGGGAUAUUUUAUUAUUGUUUUUGAAAGGAAAAGGUUCUGAAACACUAUUUGAAAUAGUUAAUAUAAAUAUGUAAUUGCAUUUGUUCUGUUUAUUAUAAUGUAUACUAAAUUAAUGCAGAACCAUAUGGAAAAUUUUACCAAAAUCUACCCCUAAGUUCAUUUUCUGUAUUCUAUUGUAAUAUUAUGACUUUCUAACACAGAAAUUUCCCUUCUCUACCAUUUUAUUUGCUUGAUGAGGAGAGAGCCCUGUAUUAUUCACCAGCAUUGUUGCUGAGCAAUUCCCAGUAUAAAAGUGCUGCUUUUUCUUAAUGCAAAAAUCAACAUGGUCUGUGUACUAGAGCUUUUCUCUAGAAAUGAGUGAGCCUUUCUCUUCAGCUGAAUAUGUAAAUAAACUUGGUGAUGCAUUAAACAAA